AUGAAUAUUCUUUGGGUAACCUUGAGUUGCAUAUUUUUCAAUUACUACCUAUUUAAUGACCCUUAUUAUUUUGCACACACUUUAAAGAUAUAUAAUUUUCAAAAAGAUAAAAUAAUAGAACAAAAAGGAGUUAAUUGGGGUGGUAUGCCCUUAUAUGGGAAGGGGAUAAAUUUUUACACACAAAAUAAUGUUAAGAAUAAUAAAUUGCGUAAAAAAAAUCAAGAAAAACAAAAAAUAUUUCAAUUUAUUUACACACAUUUUAAAUCUUCGAAUAAAAAGGAUGGAAAUAGUUUUCCUUCUUUAAAUUAUUACAAUAAAUCUACAAAUGUUAGUAAUCACUGGUGUUGUAAAAAAGGUAUUUACGAUGAUAGGGGAAAUAUAUAUAUGUCAGCCCAAAAUGAAAAACAUAUUAACAUUCACAAUGAAAAUAUAAUGGAAAAUAUUGAUAUAAAAGAAAUAAAAAAAUAUGAAAAAAAUAUAAACAAAAAAAAUAUACAUGCUAUAUUUUUAUGUGGUGGUGUUGGGAAAAGAACUGAAUUAACUUCAAGAAAACAAUUUUUGAAUUUAGACAAUAUUCCUCUUUUUAUAUAUUCAUUUAAUUUAUUUAUAAAAUGUAAUUAUAUCAAAUCAAUUAGUUUAGUUUGUGAUUCAAACUUUUUUCAUCAAAUUGUUGAAAAUAUUAAUGUUUAUAAUCCUUUACUAUUAAAAAAAAAAAUUAAAAAUAAUUUUCUUAAAGUAGCUAGCGAUAAUAUAUUAGAAAAGGAAAAUAAUUUAAAAGAAAUAAGUGAAAAUAAUGAACAAGACAAAACAGCAAUUUUGAAAUAUAUAAAAGAAAAUAAAUAUAUCAUAUAUGACAAUGAAAAAAACAAGUGUAUCUUUGAUAUGGAAGAAUUAUUAAAUGAUUUAAAAGGGAAAAAAAAAAAUAAUAAAAUAUAUAAAAUAAAGCCAAAAGACAUUGAUACAAAUAGAUAUAAGUUAAUAUCUAUUGUGGGUAGUGGACCUGAACGAUUUGAUUCUUUUUUAAAUGCACUUAAGCCAUUAGAUAUAUAUGAAAACAAUGAAGAAUAUAUUUAUAAAGUUUUAGAAAGUUAUUUGAAAAAAAAUCCUCAUUUAAAUUCCAAGUUUAAUAUCGAAUUUGAUUACGAUUAUUUAUAUAAGGGAAAAAAUGAUGAAAAUAUUGUUAAGAAAAAAAAAGAAUAUAUUACAGAUAUAUUAGUUCAUGAUGGAGCUCGUCCAUUUCUUUCGGAGUUUGAUUUUUUUAAUUUAAUUUAUCAAUCAAGUUUGGGAAAAAAUGUCAUUUUAGGAUCAAAAGCAACAGACACUAUCAAAUUAUUAAAUACUAAUGAAGAAGAAAAUGAUGGAUAUCAUUCAAUUAAAAAAACUAUAGAUCGGAAAGUAAUAUUUCAAGCUCAAACACCCCAAAUAUUUGAAAGCAAAACCUUAUUAAAAAUUUUACCAUAUUUUAUAUCCCCUUCAAAAUCUACAACUACAAAUAAUAAUACGUUAAGUGAUCAAAAUAAAUCUCAAUUUACAGACACCUCCUCUGUUGUUCAAUAUUUUACGAAAAAUAAAAUUAUUACAUUGCAAGCAACUUUUCCAAAUUUUAAAAUAACAACUCCUUCCGAUGUUUUUCAAUCUGCUUUUUUUAUGAAAUACAUUUAUAAUAGUAAUGCAAGCAACGAUGCCUAUCGCAAUUUAUUUAAAGAAGAAUAUAUCAACUCUGAUUCGAAUUAUAUAUUAACAAACCAAUUUAACAAUUUCUUUUUUUUUGAUUCAUUAAAUAAAAAACAAAAAAUGCUAUACCAACAUUUUUACUACAAACAUGCCUACAAUAAUAUACUAGCUUCAGACAAUGAUUUGAAAAAUAAAUAA